UUGCUGAAAUACACUCUCUUCAAAAAGUAAAAAAAUAUUGUGAGGAUUUCGUAAUAUUCCAUAAGAAAUUUUCAGUUUGUGAAUGUUCAAUCGUUGCUCGGUAGCGUUUCGAGCGUUUGCAAACGGUGGCGAACGGAAUUGAGGACUAUUUUGCUGGUUCAACAACCUUCAAAGAUGUCGUCUUUCACGGAGUCCGGUCUGGUGAAGAAGCUGCUUGAGCUCAAUCCAAGCCAGCAAAGCAUACAAACCCUUUCCCUCUGGUUGAUCCACCAUCGGAAGCAUAAUUCGAUCAUCGUUAAAACAUGGUUGAAGGAAUUGCAAAAAGCUCCGACAUCCAAAAAGUUAACGUUCAUGUAUCUUGCGAAUGAUGUGAUUCAGAACAGCAAGAAAAAGGGUCCUGAAUUUGGAAAGGAAUUUGAACAUGUUCUGCUGAAAGCAUUUAAACUGAUUGCGCAAUCCGGUCCGGAGGAUAAAACCAUUCACAAUUUGAACCGCAUUUUGAAGAUUUGGGGCGAGCGAGGCGUGUACGAGGAGGCUAAAAUCAAAGAAUUUUCCGCGGCACUGAAUCAAAGGGAGAAAAGUCCUGCGGUGACCAAGAUUGUCGAAGAGAAGAAACGGAAGGCUGAAGACACGAAAGGGCAUGAACCGGGCCACGUAAACAAGAAAGCUAAACCUUCGGAAAAAAGCAACGAUAAGAAGGCUAAAAGCGAGAUCAUUGAAGUGAAUGGAACGGUAGAAACUCACGUUACGCUAAGUCCACACCAACCGGAAGGAGAUCCUCCAGAGCCAGAGGAGCUGAUUAAAGUUCUACAGGAUCUGGAAAAUUCAGCAUCGAGCGACGCGGUUGUUCGAGAGCGGAUCGCAAAUUUGCCACCAGAAGUGUCCGAGCUGUCCGCGCUGGCAAAGUUGGAAGAUAAAGAAGCAGCGAUGCGGUUGGCUAUGAAGGUAAAUGAUGCCAUUAAUAUCCUCAACGACUACAAUGCCCGUCUCGCCACGGAAAUGGAUGAUCGGAAAAAGUUGACGACGAUGUUGAAAGAUUUCCAACGCGAACAGCAAGAAUUGUUGGCACAAGCUGAGCAGCGAUUACAAGAAUACCAAUCCAAACUAUCCAAAAUCAAAGAAGUCCAGCGGGAAGUGCGCAACCACAUGAACAACCUACCCGAUCUCACAGCGUUGCCUGAUGUUACGGGUGGGCUCGCUCCGCUACCUUCGGCAGGUGACCUUUUCAACAUUCACCAUCACUAGGAAUCGUACGCGCAGAGUAAUUAUAGCACUAAGAGACAAAUGUCCACACAGUUAUAUUCACACACCCACACACAUUGCACGGAAGCAGAUUGACCUGUGCACCGGUUUCUCUAAUAUCGAUAGGGUUUGCGUUCGUCGUCGUUUGUAAAUGUUGUUUUCAUGAAAUCGGUUUUUCGGUGAAAUUUUCGCAACUCGAAGAAGGAAGAGUUUUUUUUUAGGGAUUUAGAUACCUACCUAAUUUGGGAAGUGUACAGAAUUGUACAUUGAUAGAAUUCAGUAACUGUGUAUUGACUUUCGCGUAGACCAAAUCAUUCAAAAUGGUUGGGAUAACUGCACAGAUGAAAGUUAAUGGCCGGACGCGUAAUAAAAUCAAGAGAACGAUACAAUAGUUAUAUUAGAACUAAUAAA